AUGGCGGCCAAGAAGCACAGUCUUACCGAAGCCGAGGCCGACCAGUCCGUUUCGACGGUGCGACCCAGCAAGAAGACCAAGGUCGUAACAGAAGACGAGUCCGAGGAGGCUCGUCUGAAGCGGGAGAAGAAGGAAAAGAAGAAGGAAAAGAAGCGUCUUCGCGAUGAGGCUGCUGCUGUUUCUGCUUCUGCCGGCGACAACGGCGACGGCGAUGAGGUCACCAAGAAAGACAAGAAGAAGAAGAAGGACAAGAAGGUGAAGAAGGUCAAGGUGGACGGGCACCAGGAGGAGACGGCCGAGAAGGAAGACGCCGACAUUCCCGAUGCGCCGGUCGAAGACAAGAAGAAGUCGAAGAAGGACAAGAAGGCCAAGAAGACAUCCAGCGGGGAUGCUUCUGCCGCCGCCGCCGCCGCCGCCGCUCCGGCGCCCAAGACGGAGAUUGACGAGUUCCUCUCGAAGCACCAGAUCUCGGUAACGGAUCCCAAGGCGGCCGAGGGUGCCGCAGCUAGGCGGCCCGUCAUCGAGUUCCGCCACCUGCCGUCGACGAACUUGCUGGAGAAGAAACCGUCCCCGUUCGCUGGCUUCACGGCCCCCACGCCCAUCCAGGCCGCCUCGUGGCCCUUCACCCUCUCCGGUCGCGACGCCGUGGGCGUGGCCGAGACGGGAUCCGGCAAGACCAUGGCCUUUGCCCUGCCGUGCGUCGAGUUCGUGUCCACCCUGCCCGGCAGGGGCGUCAAGGCCGUCAUCGUCUCGCCCACGCGCGAGCUGGCCCUGCAGACGCACGUGCAGCUGGCGUCGCUGGCGGCCCUCGUCGGCCUCAAGUGCGUGUGCAUCUACGGCGGAGCGUCCAAGGACGAGCAGCGCGCCCAGCUCACCCGCGGCUCGGGCGCGGACAUCGUCGUCGCCACCCCCGGCCGUCUCAAGGACUUCAUGUCCGACGACACCGUCAACCUGUCCGCCGCCAAGUUCGUCGUCCUCGACGAGGCCGACCGCAUGCUCGACAAGGGAUUCGAGGAAGACAUCAAGAUGAUCCUGGGAGCCUGCCCGGAGCGCGAGUCUCGUCAGACCCUCAUGUUCACGGCCACGUGGCCCGCGUCCGUCCAGGCCCUGGCCUCCACCUUCAUGGUGUCGCCCGUCAAGAUCACCAUCGGCUGGGCCGGCAAGGCCGCCGCCGACGGCUCCGUCGAGCUGCAGGCCAACACCCGCAUCAGCCAGCACGUCGAGGUCGUCGAGCCCCGCGACAAGGAGUUCCGCCUGCUGUCCAUCAUCAAGCAGCACCAGCAGGGCAAGGCCCGCAACGACCGCAUCAUCGUCUUCUGCCUGUACAAGAAGGAGGCUACCCGCGUCGAGGCCUUCCUCCAGCGCAAGGGCAUCAACGUCGGUGGCAUCCACGGUGAUCUACGUCAGGAGCAGCGCACCCGCAGCCUCGAGGCCUUCAAGUCCGGCCAGACGUCCGUUCUCGUCGCCACCGACGUGGCCGCUCGCGGUCUCGAUAUCCCCGAGGUUAAGCUCGUCAUCAACUGCACCUUCCCACUCACCAUCGAGGACUACGUUCACCGUAUCGGACGUACCGGUCGUGCUGGCAAGACGGGCGAGGCCAUCACCCUCUUCACUGCCCAGGACAAGGCCCAUUCUGGAGCGUAA